GGAAUAUUGACUUGGUUGCGAGGACUGGGUCAUGGUGUGACAAUGUGGUGUGACAGUGGGGGUCCAAAGGGUUAAUGAAAUAUGAGAAGGAGAAGGUUCAGUGCAGAGUCAGCCCCUCCUCACUUUUCUUCUGAAACAGCGAGCCAUUUUUCAGAGACGGUUGCAGCAAGUCAAGGAGUUAUUUUGAAAAUGCCUACCAAAAAGAAAAAUCCUCCAAAAAAGCAAAAGACCCUUAAGUCAUACUUCGGCACACCUGACAUUCCUGGCAGCAGCCGAUUGACAGAGAGUACACAGCCAGGUGAAGCUGCAGGUGGAGCUAAGAGCAGAGCUGCAGGGUCUGAUCCAGGUGGAGCUACAGGUGGAGCUACAGGUGGAGCUACAGGUGGAGCUAAGAGCAGAGCUGCAGGGUCUGAUCCAGGUGGAGCUACAGGCUCUCAGGACAUUCCUGGCAGCAGCCGAUUGACGGAGAGUACACAGCCAGGUGGAGCUACAGGUGGAGCUACAGGCGGAGCUACAGGGUCUGAUCCAGGAGACGGAGCCAAAGGCUCUCAACCUAGCGUACCUGAAGGGUCUAAUCUAGGUGGAGCUACAGGCUCUCAGGGCAAAACUGGCAGCAGCCGAUUGUCAGAAAAUACACAGCCAGGUGGAGCUAAGAGUGGAGCUGCAUGGCCUAAUCCAGGUGACAGAGUCAAAUUCUCUCAGCCAAGCGGAGGUGAAGGGUCGAAUCUAGGUGGAGCUACAGGCUCUCAGAAACGCAACAAAGUGAAGAACGAGAACGGUGGUGAUUUCCCGGUCGGACAUUUGCAUCAUUUCACCGUGAAGUUCAGUCGUACUGAAUGUAAUGAAUAUGCUAUUGACUGCGAUGAACCUCGCACCGUUCUGGGGGUGAUACAAUCAACUGAACAGUACUGGAAGAAGAUGAAGACGUGUCCAGAUGAAAAUGUUGUGAUUCAGCUGGGUAAAAAGGAUAAGAAAUAUACCAUUGCAACACAUUUCCCUUGUUCUUGUAUUGGGGAAGGUGAGUCUCUGGUCAUAUCAUUCGGACCAGAAAAGGUUGAAGUGGCCCAAGACCAACUUUACAGACCAAUACAGUCACGGGACAAGUAUUCUGUCUUCUACAUCGAUACAAUCGGAGGGAUGUACACCAAACAAAAGAAGCGUUUUAGAAACAAUGCUGUCAAAGAGUUUAAGUAUCUGUGUGUCUAUGGGGAGAAGGGCAUCACUGUCAAAGAGGCUCUGGAAAGAGACGGUCGCUUCGUUGAUAAACUCGGUGACUUCACUCUGACUGACAAUGACGAUUCGAAUUGCAUCACCGAACAAAUACAGAAGGUCGACAACCUGGAUAAAAAAAAAUUCAAGCUGUGUCUUCCACGGAACAGGAGAGCAAAUGAUAGCUCGGGUUUAUCAAGUAAUUCGGCACAGAGGUCUGACACAAGGCCGGCUGUAGAUGAAGCACAGCAGAGAAAAAUACAAGCAGCAAUGGAAAAGAGAGGAAUCAGUGUCAGAGCAGCGAUGGAAAAGAGUGGCAACAAUGUCAACAUUGAGGAGAUUUAUGAAACGCUGCGUCGCCAGUUUCCAGAGCUCAAAGCAUUUAUGAAGAGUAGAUUCCCUGGGGAUUCUUUUCAGAAAGCAGUCAACCUGAGGAAGGAAAACUUUGGGAACAUCCAACAGUCUUUCAGUGAAGUUCACAGAGUCACAAAGCUGCUGAAACGGGGCGAGUCAGUUUGCAAAGUGGUGGUUAAGGAUGUUUCUCAGGGAACAGGCUUUGUGCUGUUUGACAACUUCAUCUUGACCAACGUACACUAUUUCAGUAGUUGUGUCGAAGGACAAAAGUUGAAGGAGGGUAUAGAAAUGUCUUUUUUCUUUGAAGAUCCUGAGUCAAAAGAGUACUACUUCAAGCUGGCUAACCGUGACAUCUGGUACAGUGUGUGUGAUCUGGAUUAUGCCGUACUUGAGAUAAUGCCUGAGGGAGACAACUACAACCUCAAAACAAGGAUACAUAAAAAAAAGAAGGUGCCACCAGGACUCCUGAAGAGUUUUGGUCCAAUGCCACAGAAUGGUGAAGCCUGUAUUAUUGGUCACCCAGCAGGAGGAGUGAAAAAGAUGGAUCUUACAUUUAUCAUUGAGAAAGAGAAGAGGGAGCAGGCUGUCAAUGAUCACUUACAUCCAUACAAAGAUCCUUUUGUUGUCUGGUCAAUCAAUCAAAUUAUCCAAGAACAAGGCAUUGAAAACAUAAUGAUGGGUGGAAAAAUAGCAGACAAAGUAGGGACCUACAAGACUUUCAUGUAUCACGGCUCUUCUGGCUCCCCGGUGUUUGACGCUCGUGGUCAAGUCAUUGGUUUGCACACCGCAGGAUUUCUUUACAAACAAGAGAGUGUGAUAGAGUUUGCCCAAUCUCUGCUCACUAUAUUUGAACACUAUGUGAGUACGCUAAAAGAACAUGGGAAGGAUAAGCUGUUGGAGAGAGUUGAGAAAGAGGUGAAGGGAAACUCAGACCUAAAAAAGGUCUUUGGGUCUGUGGUUGAGCUGAAGGAAAGCAGACAGAGACUCGAGGAUGAGCCAGCAGACCCUGAGGAGCUCCUGGACUACAUUGAGGCAAUGGAAACUGAUUAAGUAUUAAGACCUUCAAAACACAUCUGGCUGCAUAGGUUAUUUUAAAGUUCAUGAAAUCUUUAUGUUGACCGAAUGAUUAACUACAAAUUGCAAUACUGCCGUGCUAUUUUUGUGUACCAAGUGUAUUUUUGGGGCUGUGAACAGCUUAAUACUCAACCUGUAACCUUCCUAUAACCAUCACUUAUUUUAAUACUAUAUUCUAGAAUUACCAUUGAUGUUUGUUGUAAUGUAAUCAGAAACACUGACUCGGCUGUUAAAGCCUAAAUGUCAUAGUUAAGUGACUUUUCUUGGAAUUGUUUAGUUUUUUUAUGUUGAUAUUUUAGACCUUAUUACUCAUA